UUCUUCGAAUCGCGAACGGCGACAAUCAUCUUCACGUUAAUUCAAACCUCGAAGGUUCCCGAGAUAAACCAUCUUCACGUCAAUCAACCGCAAAGAUGGCUCCUUCACAACUCCCCCCAAUCUUCAAUGCUACCUCCCAAGACAUUGAGAUGCUGCUGUCUGCGCAGUGCCAUUUGGGAUCCAAGAACUUGCAGACACACAUGUCGCCAUACCUCUGGAAGACUCGCCCUGAUGGAAUCAAUGUUAUCAACAUUGGAAAGACCUGGGAGAAGAUCGUUCUCGCAGCUCGUAUCAUCGCCGCCGUUGACAACCCAGCCGACAUUUGUGUGAUCUCUGCUCGUCCUUACGGUCAACGUGCUGUCCUGAAGUUCGCCGCCCACACCGGUGCCGUCGCCAUUGCUGGUCGUUUCACUCCCGGUAACUUCACCAACUACAUCACCCGAUCCUUCAAGGAACCCCGCCUCAUUAUCGUCACCGAUCCCCGUACCGAUGCCCAAGCUAUCAAGGAAGCUUCCUACGUCAACAUUCCCGUUAUUGCUCUCUGCGAUACCGACUCCCCAACUGAGUUCGUCGAUGUCGCUAUUCCAACCAACAACAAAGGUCGUCACGCCAUUGGUCUGGUCUGGUGGAUGUUGGCUCGUGAGGUCCUCCGUCUCCGUGGCUCCAUCGCCAACCGUGAGACUGAGUGGGAUGUCAUGGUUGAUUUGUACUUCUACCGUGAUCCUGAGGCUGAGGAGAACAAGGAGGCUCUUGAGGAGAAGGUUCCUGGUGCUGAUGAGGUCGGAACAACUGCUAUUGAGACUGGUUUCGCCGCUACUGGAGGUGACUGGGAGGUUGCCGGUCCUUCUGCUACCGCAUUUGCUGGCGCUACUACUGCCGCUCCAGCUGGUGCUGGCUGGGAUGCUACUGGAGCUGAUGACUGGGCCGCUUCAGGUACUGCUACUGGAGAGUGGGGUGCCGCUACUGAUGCCACCAAGCCUGCUGGCGAAUGGUAAACUUGCGAUCACAAAAAGAAUGGACUGUUUUUAUACGGCCGUUUUGCUCAGGAGUCAACUUGAUAUUUGUUCUUAUGAGGGAAAGAAGCCUUUGCUGCUGUCACUCUUUCAGUGGUAACGGAGAAAGCCCUGAACUAUCAAACAUUGGAGUUGCUUGACCGCGCUCCGCUCUUGUGCGUUCGGUCUUCAUAGGAGCAUAGCAUGGCGAACUAUGAAAUAAAAGUCCUUCAAAC